AUGGCUAUAAAAAAUUUGUUGUUUGAUACAACUAUAUUACCAACAGAAGUGCUCUCAUUUUACGAUGAUAAAUUUUUCAAUAUGGUCGAGAGAGUUGCAGGAUCAGCUGAAGCAAAAUUGUUAGCAGCUCAAGGUAUUCGAAGUUUAUACUCUUUUUUAAAUACAGAAGAUGUAUUUGAAAUCCUGUCAAUUUCUUGUUCAGCAUUAAAUGAUAUUAAGGGAUUAGUUUGUUUGAAAGCUGAUGAUGACACCUACAUAGUAAAACUAGGUUGUCGAGCUAGUAUUCAAUACCUCUAUCAACUGCUCAAACAAAAACAUGAAGAAAUUUUGAAAGUCAAUCGAAUGAAAUUUAAACAAAAUCAACAAUCACAAUCUCAAAUAUCAGUGAAAACAAUCACGAUUCUGUCGAAGAUUCAUCGAAAGAUGACUCGACAUUAUCUUCUCAGCAACAAUCAUCAACAACGACAACAACAACAACAACAGGUUAAUCAUUAUUUUACUAUUGAUUUUAGUUUUACUAUGAGAAACUCAGAUUUCAACUAA